GUUGGUGUAUCAUGACUUUAUUGCUAGCAAAUCGACAACCCUCAACAUCACUCCAAGCUCGUCAGGUCGUCAAGUUCCCUCCGCCUCGGCUUCUCGACCGCUUCGAUACCUGGCCCAAUCGGAUGCGCUUGUCUUCUAGUAAGAGGGAAUAUCUAUCAAAAAAAAAUUACCAUGUCAGCAAUAUCCUUCCAACAAGCACAGGAUCAGGCUUAAUGUAGCAUACCCUUGUGUUGCUCCAUCCCAACCUGAAAGCCGCCUCAUGAGCAAACAGCUCGCCAAACCCAAGCAUCAUGCCAUUAACGAAAGGAAGAAACAGGUUGAUGGCAGCACCGCGGAGGAUAGACCAGAAGGUGGGGGGCUGGUAGAGGAUGACGGCGGGGGACGACGACGAGGGUGGUGACGUAGACAGCUCCCCUGGGGAGGAAUACUGCUCGCUGUCGGAGCGGAUCGUGACACCGGACUCGGCCAUGGGGUUUGGGGGUUCUUCAGAAGCCAUGUUGGUGUGGAUUUGGCGUUGAGUGAAUCCGGCUGAGAUUUGGGUUGCCGGCGACGAUGAGACAGGAACACUAUGCCGACGUCCGGAGAUGCAGCGAAGCACUGGACGUCGCAAAACGCUUGGGCAGCCGACAGGGGAGCCUGGAGUGCCUGCCGGAGCUAGCUGCGUUUGGUUAGGGAAACGGUGGUCGGGGGCCAGAUAAUCCGGCUUGGCUGAUGUAUGAGGUGUCGACCGUAGGUGUUCAAGCUUUCUCGAGUACAAGAUGCUCAGUUUGGAAACAGUUUCUUAUAGAAGCAAUAUAAAGCAAGUAAAUCGCCUCUAUACCAGACAUUUGGUCGGUUUGAGGGCCCAUUUUUCAUCAUGGAGCUAGGCAACUGUGGUUGACAGCUGAGUACCUACCUUGGACGUCGGCGGGGUCAAGCAACCUGGAUGGCGGAUGGCGGGGCAAUCAGACGCCUGGCCGUGCGUCGUUCGUCACGUCGGCCUUGAGCUGCCUGAUGGCCAUCCACUCUCCAACUUCCCCAGAAUGUCAAACUAAUAAGCUUUCCGAGCUGUAUCAGCGACACAACAACUUCUGAUUCCAUCGACUCCGACUUUCCAAGGGACGAUAGCUGUCUGCUUAUUUCAAUCCAUCCAUAUCACGCAUUCAACCAAAUCACGUUCAUCAUGGCGGAUCAAGACCAUGACACGCUGAUCAGCAACUUCUGCGACUUGACAGGCGCCUCGACCGACCAAGCCACAGAAUACUUGACAGCGACCAAUUGGGAUGUCAACACCGCCGCCGCCGCCUUCUACGGCGAUCUUGACGAAAACGAGCAAGGCCCCUCUUCCACCAGCGCCGCCACUGCCACCACUACCGACGCCGAGUACACCGGUCCACGAACAUUGGAUGGCCGACCGGCACCUGAGUAUGCUGGUACAUCCUCUUCGACCUCAAAGAAGCCCGUCAAGCGUCGCGGCCUCGCGACUCUGAGCUCCAUAGGCGGCGGUCGCAACCAAGAAGACGACGAUGACGACGAUGACGAGAGCGAUGAUGACAACCGCCGGGGACCCAGGGAUUUGUUCGCAGGCGGCGAGAAGUCGGGACUCGCUGUUCAAGAUCCUGCUCAGCGGUCCAGCGAUCCGAGAAAAUUGAUCAACGAUAUCGUUGCCAAAGCCAGAGCCAAUGCCACCGAGAGUAAUCCCGCAUCUUCCCCCGCUGCAGGCCCCUCAUCGAGUCGCUUCAGUGGCUCUGGUCAGACAUUGGGCGGAGAUGGCGUAGAGAGUCGCACUAUUCCUAGCUCCAGAGCUGCUGGGGCCGUUCCCGAAGGGCCUGCGCAGGAACGGAUUCUCCAUAUCUGGCGUGACGGCUUUAGCAUUGAUGAUGGGGAGCUUCGUCGUUUUGACGACCCUCAGAACAGGAGCGACUUGGAUAUGAUCCGCAAUGGACGGGCGCCAAUCCAUCUCAUGAAUGUCCGCAUGGACCAACGGGUCGAUGUCAAGCUCCAACAACACGACGAGAACUACCGCCCUCUGCCCAAGAUCUAUCGACCCUUCGGUGGUGAGGGCCGUCGAUUGGGUAGCCCUGUGCCCGGUGAGGUAACACCAACCCUCUCCCCUCCGGCCGCAACUACGACACAGCCUCAGGCCAGCCAGGCCCUGAGCACCGGAGUGGAUGAGUCGCAGCCGACCUUGAUGCUGCGCAUUCAGCUUCCCGACGGAACCCGCAUGCCAGCCCGAUUCAACCCCACGCAGACAGUCGGCGAUGUCUACAACUUCAUUGGACGCUCGUCUUCCUCGCUUUCAGCCCGUCCGUGGGUUCUCUCCACCACAUUCCCCAACAAGGACCACGAAGACAAGGGCUUGGUGUUGGGUGAUAUGCCCGAGUUUAAGAAGGGUGGUGCUGCUGUCGUCAAGUGGAAAUAGGCCUAUAUCCAGCAUUGAUGACAAGCGCCAGGAACAAUUUGGCUUCAUAGUAUCGGCGUUUUGAUGGUUUGGCGGCACUAGACCAAGCGAUGGACAACAGUGUAUCUGUCGGUUUUUCGUCCCGAGCGCUGUGUCCAGCUUUGAGACCGGCUGGUCUUUUCAGCAGGGGAAGGAUGAAAUAAAAAGUAAAACCUGCUCAUAAUUACAUGCUGCCUUGUGUUUAUUUGCCCAACCAUUUUGAACACCUUUGACGCCGCUGCUGUGGUACUAUCCCAACCCGUGAUCUUUGCACGGGCUUUCUCUUUUCCACCACCAGAAAUACA